GACAGUUGAUUCUUGCCAAGUGCCAACUAAUGCACCGUCUAGAUCACAGGUUUACAAGUUUAGUUAAUUUAGAUUUCUAACUUGUGAUUUACAAGAUUUAAACAAUUGUAGGAUUUAAUGAUUCGUUAAAAUGGCAGACCAAUUGCUAAUUCAUGAUGAUAUUAAACUAUAUACGACAUCUGAUAAAUUUUAUUUUGAGCCGACAAUCAACCCUACAGAGAUUAUGGUCAUAGACAGAGUCACAGGAGAAGCCAGUGUUAAAGAUAUAAAUUCAGUAAGGAUCCCAAUACCGGCAAAUGCCUACAAACCAGUAUGUGGGUUCUUAGGCUCCAUAAAACUUAUUUCCGGAUUGUAUUUGGUUGUCGCUAAGUACAGGAUACUGGUUGGAAAAAUUAAUGGGCAUGAAAUAUACCAGCUUGCCGGCACAGACAUCAUUCCGUAUACCAGAUCGACUUCACAUCUUACUACUCAGCAGAUUGCUGACAACAACACGUACGAGCGCAUGAUCCGGGCUGCACUAGAAACACCGGGAAUUUACUUCUCUUACAGCUAUGAUCUAACUCACACAUUGCAGAGACUGCAUGCUGUAACACCUGAUUUCCAUAAGAUGUCGCUAGCGAACCGUGCGGACACAAGGUUCCUGUGGAACAGACAUCUUCUAAGGGAUUACUCCCACGACCAGUUUUCAAGAUUCGCUCUGCCCAUUAUUCAAGGAUUUGUGUCGAUAAACUAUGUGAAUAUAAACGGGCACGACAUGACCUGGGCGCUAGUGUCGCGACGCUGCGCGGAUAGAGCCGGCACCAGACUCUUCAUGAGGGGCGUCGACGCGCAGGGCAACGUGGCCAAUUUUGUAGAAACCGAACAGAUAGUUGAGCGCGGCGGCGAGAAGUCUUCGUACGUGCAGACCCGGGGCUCGAUCCCGCUGUUCUGGAGCCAGUACCCGGACAUUCGGUACAAGCCGCCGAUGACGCUGGCCCACGAGGACCACGUCGCGGCCUACACCAAGCACCUCCGCGACCAGAUACAACGGUACGGGAACCAGGUGCUGGUUAACUUGAUCGACCAGCGUGGGCGCGAGGAGGCGCUGGAGCGUGGGUACCGCGCGGCGGCGGCGGCGGCGGCGCUGCCCGGCGUGCGCUACGAGCCCUUCGACUUCCACGCGGAGUGCCGCGCCAUGCGCUACCACCGCCUCGCCGUGCUCACCGACAGGAUCGCGCACGAGCAGACGGAAUUCGGCUACUUCCUGAGUCGGGGCGGCUCCGUGCUGCUGCGGCAGAGCGGCGUGUUCCGCACCAACUGCGUGGACUGCCUGGACCGGACCAACGUGGUGCAGAGCCUGCUCGCCAAGCUGCAUCUGACGGCGCUCUUCAAGCUCCUCAACGUCUCCAGCUCCGACCAACUGGAGACCAACUUCGAACAUCUGUUCAAUAACGUGUGGGCGGAUCACGCGGACGCCAUCUCCACGCAGUACUCCGGGACGGGCGCCCUGAAGACGGACUACACGCGCACCGGCAAGCGCACGCACGUCGGUCUGUUGCGCGACGGCAUCAACUCCCUCACGCGAUACUACAAGAACAACUUCAGCGACGGCUUCAGACAGGACUCAAUAGAUCUGUUCCUGGGUAAGUACGUGGUCGCUGAGGGCGAGGGUCUGGCCGCCCCGAGCCCUCUGAGGAGAGGACACGACUGGAAAUAUAUCACGCUCCCUUCCGUGCUGCUGGUUGCCAUGUCAAUGUUCUGCGCCCAAGCGGUGCUGCCGGCGCGCUACUCCAGCGAAGUGCUGCUCUACCUCAUGUUCUGGGGGGCGGCUGCUGGAGCGACGCUCUCCUACAUCGUCAGGCACGGCGCGGAGUUCGUGGACUGGCCGAGUCUGGACGCCGGGGGCCUGGCGUCGGCGCGCGCCCUCGCCGCCCAGCAGUCUUUAUGAUCGAUGACCUGCCGCUCGUAGUCGUCGUGUAGCCAUCUCGCUCGCACCCGCCGCGCGCUCCCCGGACCGAGGGGGACAGGUGAUCUAUCGCAGCUCCUCGCGCGUCCCCGUACGGCUCGCUAGUUCUUCGUUCACUUAGUGCGAGUUUUUUAACGUUGUCGAUAGCGUAAAAGUUAACUCAACUUUGUAUGCAGUUGGAACAGCGCCCCUAGCGGCAAACUUAAGCAAUCGUUCCAAUUCCUCGUGUACCAAUUUUGCUAAUGAAAUACGUACUCAACAAAUGUUCACGAUUGACUUCCACGGUGAAGGGAUAACAUCGUGUAAUAAAAAUGAAACCCGUAAAAUUAUAAUUUGCGUAAUUACAGGUGAUAGGACCUCUUGUGAGUCCGCGCAGAUAGGUACCCCCGCUCCGCCUAUUUCUGCCGUGAAACAGUGAUGCGUUUCGGUUUGAAGGGCGGGGCAGCCGUUGUAACUAUACUGAGACCUUAGAACUUAUAUCUCAACGCGGGUGGCGCAUUUACCUUGUAGAUGUCUAUAGGCUCCAGUAUCCAGUUAACACCAGAUGGGCUGUGAGCUCGUACAUCCAUCAAAGCAUUAAAAAAAAUUCCAUGCAAAUCAGAGUUAUUUUUUUAUUUUUUUAUUGCCCUUGUCGGCAGACGAACAUACGGCCCACCUGAUGGUGAGUGGUCACCGUCGCCCAUGGACUUCAGCAAUGCCGGGGGCAGAGCCAGGCCGCUGCUUACCGUUUAAUACUCUCCACAAGCCUCGUUUACUUUUAACUUUUACGCUAUCGAGAAGGUUAAAAAACUCUCACUAUAAAGCACACCGAAUGUAACAUGUGACGUGGCUUAGGUAAUUUUAAACGUAAAACAUUUUAAUCCUGCGAAUCGAUUAUUUAUUUAUUUCGAUAACGAAACAUUACGGUUUGAGUUCUAGAAUAUAAAAUUCUUCUAAAUAACCUUUAAUAAUAAUAAAUGUUGAAAAGAAGACAGAUACGUUACACUGAGUAAAUGGGAUAUGGCAUGUAAUCGUAUUGCCGUCUCGCUCGCGCUCCCCUACUUAAGUAAACGAUAGAAAGAGAUAAUAAUAUAAUCGUAGUUUCUGAAAAUUUCUUAUAUUCAUCAACUAUACUAGUAUGUUUUUUAAUAAGAACAAAGUAAUAAAUAAUAGGGUAAAAACUAUACAAUAAUCGACAUUCUUGCUGCGGUAUCUAAGUGCAGCGUGGGCAGUAACAGCUGUGUUUAUAAAAUUUAUGGUAGGACCUCUCGUGAGUCCGCACGGGUAGGUACCACCCCCUGCCUAUUCCUGCCGUGAAGCAGUAACUAUACUGAGACCUUAGAACUUAUAUCUCAAGGUGGGUGGCGCACUUACGUUGUAGAUGUCUAUGGGCUACAGUUAACCACUUAACACCAGGUGGGAUGCGAGCUCGUCCACCCAUCGAAGCAAUAAAAAAAACAUUUACAAGUCAACGCAAGAAUUCGGUUACUUUAUAAUUAUAUUUCCCGUAUGAGUAAUAUUUGAUUUUACUAUUGUAUCUGUACACGUAAUCCACACGUAUGCAAAACGGGAGAUGCGAGCUAUGAUUUUCAAAGAUCAAAGUUGCCAUAAAUUAAAGGAAUAUUCUACCAAGUUGAGAGUUCAAAAAAAUUAGAACAAUUUCUUUCUUGUUUUGCUAAGUAAUAGUGCGUUAAAAUUAAAGAUUUUUAUCAAUUCUGAAUAAUAUAUCAUAUUAUUAAAUUGUUACGAACAAACAACAUGUUAAUUGUAUUAUUUGUUCUGAAGUUUCAAAUUUACGUUAACGCAGUACUUAAUAGGAUAAGUCGUAUUUAAAAUGAAAAAUUGUGGUCACGACGGAUAUUGCUGUUGUUACGUCCAUAUUCAAUUGACUCUGCUAAUUUUAACUAACCUUAUUAAUUGGUUAAUCUGCUUAAACGAAUAAAUACAUAGAAAUUAAAUUAUCGUGUUUAUUGUCUGUAACGUUAGAGUGCGACAUCUCUUUUCAACGAAAUGAAUCGAUUUUAUUAUUUAAUGUACUGGCAACACCAGCCUAAUGUCGUUGUCAAAUAUGACAGUUGAUUUUGAAUAAACUUGAUUGGUUGAAGCUUGAUUGAAGCCUUUGUUAUCGAGGCGUGAAAGGUUAUUUAGUUUAAGCAGCACUUUUAAAACUUUACAGGAGAGCCAUUUCAAGUUUAAAAUUUGGAAAAGUAUCAUAAUGAUACUUCUCCAGUUACUUGAAUGGGAUAAACCUAAUUCAAGUUCAAUUAGAAAGAUCGAAUUGUUGAUGGUAAUGACUAAUGAAACUGACAUUUAAUUACAAAGAUAAAUGUCGCGUGUUAAGCGAAAUGGCCCUUCACCCUUCGAUAUGAUACCAGGAAAGAAAAUGAUUGCAUAGUGUGAACAAUCUUUAAGAGCAUCUAAUGUCUAGAUGAAAAUAUAAAGAAAGUUUACAUUACAGAAUUACAGGCGAUAAUCAUUAUAAUUAUGGCAAGAUCGACAUUAUGCUUUUAUUUUCAAAAAAUAAAUACAGGAAAAAUAAUUUUUAAAGCAAUUUCGAACUUCAGUAUGUCAACCCGUAAACUAUAUUUAGUUCGAACAUUUCUAUUUCGAAAUGGCAAAUCUACACGUAACCAAAUUACAGAAUCAAGUUUAUUUAAAAUAAAAACAAUUCAAGUAUUCAUUUUUAAUUUAAAUAUGGCUGUGGUUUUAUUAAUUUGAAAAUAGGAUGAAAUAUUAAAUAAUAAAAGCGUAUCUACAUUGAUAUAUGACAGCGCGAUUAUAUGCGAAUCGGCAUGGGUUGAACUACCGCUUCGAAUGUAUCUUGCCCUGAAGCCAUAGUGCGUUUCAGUUUGAAGGGUUAAGGCAAACAUUUCCUGUAUGUAUUAGCCUAACGGAGGCUUCAUACGGAAGAUACGACAGUGGUAUUGGUACUGUUACGCGCUGGGGUUUGGGAUAAAUAAAAUUCUGUCGAAUUACAAGUUAACACUGUAUUCAACACUUUAAACACUUCACAAACACUUUAAAAUUCUCAAUUCUCUUCUUCCGCUUCGCUUCAGGUGAUCCGUUCGCUGUUUCGCUUCGAGUAGUUCCGAUUACUAACUGUCUGCGUGCCAUCUCUGCAACGCUUUUAUAGUCGAGACGAAAUCCCUAGAAUCGUCGAGAAUAUUCCACACAAGUCGAGUAUUGUGUGUUUCCGUUAUCUGACAAUACAUGGCGUUGUACUUCUCGAGUGUUCUAGAUGCUACUAGAUCCUUCGAUAUUCGUUCGACUAUUCGGCGAUAGAUGGCGUUACUCUUACCGGCGCAACAGUACAUUCUAAGCAAUGAACAAGCUAUACAAUCUUCUGUUACUUUGAUUAGUUACGUUCCAUUAGUGGAGGAGGGAAAGAUAAGAUAUUUCCUGUUUAAGAGAUGUAGUUUUGCAAUACCAAAGACAAUGUACGUUACAUCACGAAUUUGUGACGUCAGCUGAUCAGUGAUUGGUGUUGAACAUGACACAGUACAGUCACAUGUUAGUGAGCUAACACGAAAUAUUUUGACCUUUAUCCACGUCAUUACGGAUGCUCUCGAUCCAUUAACGGUGCUUUUAAGUGCCUCAAGCACCGGUCACCGUCCUCGCCGAACCCGUCGCUUGCGACGAAGGGCUCGACAGGUAAAUUAAUCCACAGACACAGCCUACUGAGUUCUUCGCCGGAUCUUCUCAGUGGGUCGCGGUUCCGAUCCGGUGGUAGAUUCUGCGAAGCACUCUACUGCUAGGGCCAGUGCUAGCAACACUCCGGUUUGAGCCCCGUGAGCUCACCUACACGUUAGGAUGAAGCUGAAAUAGCCUCUCAAGGCUAUCAGCAUAGGUAGGGAAAAAAAUAGCGCUUGAACACGUUAAUCUUCAAACAACCUGUGAAGGCUCCGAUGAACCGCACUUCUGCCUUCGAGGUCGAUAAAUAAGGGUGACAUAAUACAUAAUAAUACAUAUCCCAUUUUAAAACAGUUCAUUACAAACUGUCGUACCCUUAAAGCCGAUUAUUCUCAAACUCGGAUCUUUUUUUUGUGUGUGUCACCAAAUUCUUUUUUCAAAUUUUCCUAUCUUACAAUUCCACACAUGAAAGUAAACAGCUUUAGAACUAAUCUUUUUUUUUUUUGCAUUGGCCCUCAAAUUUUAAAAUUGUUCGGCGACAGAAAAAGUUUGAGAAUCACUCAGCCUUUUAAAUCAAUAAACCUUUUGAAGUCCAUUAAAAGUAUCAAUGUAGAUAACGCUUAGAGCGAGCUGAGAACGAUGGCUUAUGAUAACUCGAGACGGCGUUAUAAAAUAUUUGUGUUUUGUAUAUCUGUGUGUGAAUAUUGUUUCCAAAAAUGUCUUUGCUUAAAGACAAGUGUUUUUUUUUUUUUAAUUUUAAGAACUUCAUUUUUGAACGUUAAUCUUUGUUGUUUUAGUCGAUUAGUUACAAAGGCAGUAAUGUACUUUAAUUAUUAUCGGGCGAUAUUGUUUUGUUUCUAUUUCUUUAAUGGCGCCCAUAAUAGGCACGUGCGAGUGACGCCGGUUUCGAUCCCAAAAUUUUGUGCACUAUAUAUUGCGCGUUUCAAUGAACUAAUGUUUCCUCUAUACAUUAGAAAUGAACCGAAUGAAUACUUUUAAACCGCUAAGGAAAUAUGAAGUUAAUCGCGUACUUGUGUUUCGAUAGUAAUUUUGUGAUUGAUCCACAUCAUAAUUUUUUAAAAUUAAAAUAAUAUUAAGAAAUGCUCUUUUAAUCGUCUCGACUUUAACACCGGUUUCAAAUGAACAUGCAAUUUCGAAAAGGUCACAUCUCUGAAAAUGUAAAAUGUUCAGGAAAUGAAAAAAAAACUGAUUAUUUUCUAAAGCAGUGUAAAAUUUAAAAUAUUCACUUUUGAGAUAUAUUUUAGUGUUAAUUAGCAAUGGAAAAUUACUGGAAUUGUUAUAAAAUGGGUGUAGUAGGUAAGCCUCAAAACUACAUGUAUAUGAAAAAACGUAUUUGACAAAAUAUGCGACAUGUGCCCUUUUCGAAAUUGCAUAUUCAAAUGUAAUUUCACUACUGAGAGGAAUCGAAAAGAAACUGGGCUUACCCAUAUUAUGUACAUCACAUAAAAUUUACAAAAUAUCAUUAAGUUAUUAUAUAUGUAUAAUUUAGUAAUAUUCAUCCAGAAAGAUUAUAAAUUGAUUCUAAUUUACCUACAUUUGUUUUGUUUUGAAUUAAUCGAGACUAUUCUACUUGUCUUAGUGACUUGUGACGUCACAGUAUAAUACACAAUAGCGGAAGCUCCCACGGCUAUUUGGUUUUGCGAAAACAAACUCAAUGAAUACUCAUUUUAGAACAGCCUUUCCCAAAAUGGGCAAUAACGCCCCGUUGUGCGCGCUGCAGAGACCCAGAAAAAAAAAAUGAGGGCGUUGUGUAGAAGUUUGGGAGGCGAUUUGUAAUUUAAUCUAGGAGGACUCUUAGACACCGACUGAGCUCUUGUCCUCUUGUCCUUGAGUAUGGGAAGAAACGGGGGCGCUAAAAAAUAAUUAAUCUCAAAGUGGAUAGUAGACAAAAUAAGUGUGGGAGCCCCUGUUUUAGAACAACCAUCUUAUGGGGCUCGUUGUGAGAGACUACUUGGAGCUGGACCAACCCGAGACCACGUGACGCGCCAAGUGUUUAUUGGUCGAGGCCAAAAUCGAAAGUGUUGUGAUUGGUCAAAAUAUAAGGGGAGGUGGACAACGAACUCUCACAGAUGCCUUGCAUCGUCUCUGUCCUUGCACUAAUGAAUAUCCGCUAUAGGUUUUAAAUAUCAUAAAGAAUAGUUUUUUUUUAUUCGUUAAAUAGAUAUUAAACUAACAAGACAUCCCUGUAAAGGUGACUGAAAAGCUUCACUGCUGAUCACACCAACCCUAGUCUAGUUUAUUUCUCUUGUGACGUCACAAAACACAAAAUUUUUAUGAGGUCUUUUAUUAUAAUGUAAAUUGUAGCAAAGGGAAUUGAGCACGUAAGAAAUGAUUUUUGUGAACACAUAUUAUUAUGUAUUGCAGCCUUUGCAACUGAUCACCUCUUUUUAAUUUUGUUGAUUAUGAUGAAAAAUACGAAACUUUUAAAUCGUGAUUGUGUGUCCUAAUAGAUUCCAUUAUUGCAUUUUACUAUUAAAUAUAAAUUUUAAGCUUUUUUUCUUUAUUUCGUUUUUAUGUAUUAUAAUAAUAAAGUAAUGUUUUUGACGUA